CGGGGAGUAUCAAAGCGCAGGAGCACCUCCGUGGCAAGAGCGCGAGUGAAAAAUCUGUUCUUUCGUUCGUACGUGCUCGUGGUGAGUGGAAGCUCUCGCUGGUUUUGUGGACUCUUCCGUUGGAAAAUUUUGUGUGGCUGUUCCUGGUGACUCCAUUACGGCAUCCUUUGUACAUCCCCAAGAGUAAGAACAAUCUCUGAGAUCUUCGCGCGAGGAAGGCAUCUCCCACCUGAAGAUGGGCAAGGAAAAGAUCCAUAUCAACAUCGUGGUGAUUGGCCAUGUGGACUCCGGUAAGUCCACAACCACGGGCCAUUUGAUCUACAAGUGCGGCGGCAUUGAUAAGCGCACGAUUGAGAAGUUCGAGAAGGAAGCCCAGGAGAUGGGCAAGGGCUCCUUCAAGUAUGCCUGGGUGCUGGAUAAGCUGAAGGCUGAGCGUGAGCGUGGUAUCACCAUUGAUAUUGCCCUGUGGAAGUUCGAGACAGCCAAGUACUACAUCACCAUCAUCGAUGCUCCUGGGCACAGGGAUUUCAUCAAGAACAUGAUCACGGGGACGUCUCAGGCUGAUUGCGCUGUGUUGAUUGUUGCCGCGGGAACGGGGGAAUUCGAGGCGGGAAUCUCCAAGAAUGGGCAGACGCGUGAGCACGCCUUGUUGGCAUUUACUCUGGGGGUGAAGCAACUCAUUGUGGGGGUGAAUAAGAUGGAUUCAACUGAGCCACCAUACCAUGAGGCUCGCUACGAGGAGAUUAAGAAGGAGGUGUCGUCGUACAUCAAGAAGAUUGGCUACAAUCCCGCAGCUGUGGCUUUUGUGCCCAUUAGCGGGUGGCAUGGGGACAAUAUGCUGGAAGUUAGUGAGAAGAUGCCGUGGUUCAAGGGAUGGUCUAUUGAUCGCAAAGAGGGGAAAGUUGAGGGGAAGACCCUCAUUGAUGCUCUUGAUGCUAUCUUGCCACCAUCACGCCCCACCGAUAAACCCCUUCGUCUGCCGCUGCAGGAUGUCUACAAGAUCGGUGGGAUUGGAACUGUUCCCGUUGGCCGAGUUGAGACGGGCAUCCUUAAGCCAGGGAUGGUCGUUGUCUUUGCUCCGGUGAAUCUAACAACUGAAGUGAAAUCCGUUGAGAUGCAUCAUGAGGCUCUAGCUGAAGCAAUGCCCGGUGACAAUGUUGGCUUCAACGUCAAGAAUGUCUCCGUAAAGGAACUUCGUCGUGGCUACGUAGCUGGGGAUUCCAAGAAUCAACCACCGAAGGCUGCAGCUGAUUUUACAGCUCAGGUGAUUGUGCUCAAUCAUCCUGGUCAGAUUGCUGAUGGCUACACACCCGUCUUGGAUUGCCACACAGCCCACAUUGCGUGCAAAUUCGCCGAGAUCAAGGAAAAGUGUGACCGUCGCUCCGGGAAGACCACCGAAGUCAACCCGAAGGCCAUCAAAUCCGGUGAUGCUGCAAUUGUGAAUCUCGUGCCAACCAAGCCCCUGUGCGUGGAGAGUUUCUCGGAAUUUCCACCCCUGGGGCGUUUUGCGGUGCGUGAUAUGCGUCAAACGGUGGCAGUGGGUGUGAUAAAGUCGGUGAAUUUCAAAGAGACCACCACUGGCAAGGUCACAAAGGCCGCCGAGAAGGCCCAGAAGAAGAAAUAACUAGAGGGCCCCUCAUUCAUCAAUGCAACCACACUCAAAUACUCAAGCAACAAACAAUUAUUAGACACUAUUGCUGCUAUUGUCUCUCAAGCCAUCAUCUACUACAUCUACUUGACCGUUGCAUCAUUCGCAAGUGUCCACGGGGAUGAUGAGAAAAGCACCGGGAAACCCAAAAUCCUCACACUCUUACAUUCCUCCCAUAUGUUUCGGCACCACCGCAAGGCUUUCCGCAGGAAAAGCCCCAACCACAUCCUCGCACCGCACCAUCAAUAUCUCAUUCCGCACCCUGUAGCUGCCACAACAGCUAUUAGAAUAGCCACAUCCGGUUGUGCUACAUUGCAAUGCUAACCACAGAUCCACCCCAACCCCCACUUUUCAUCUCUUCUUCCGCACACAACAACUAUCCAUCCAUCCAUUACCCCCAGGAGGAGAGAGUGAAGAAGAAGUUAAAUGAAGAAAAUCAUCCCCAAACGGACGUGGAAAGGGAGGGAAACUUCCACAGCAACCCUCUGUGUAUCUAUCUGGGAAAUAAAUCCCAUAAAUCCCUCACAUUCAUCCCCCCUGCCCUGGAUCCCUCCAGGCACUCACACCGAGAUAAUAAAUGCAUUUAUUGCGAGGGAAAAACGAAGAAAAACCCUCAAGAAUUAACCCGCAAAAUGUGGGUUGUCUUCCGUGCACAAAGAAAAAGAGAAACUUUCAACCCUUUAAUGCAUCAUCCUCAUCAUCCCUUCAUAUCCUCAAUCAUCACUGCAUCCUUAUAAAAGACACGGAUAGAAGAGAAGUUGAGACGAGAGAGAGAGAAUGAAAGACAUCCCUUGGAAAACGUUGUGAUGCUUGUGAAAUGAGCAAAAUGGUCGAGAAUAUUUCUAUUUAAGCAAGGUUUUAACAAAAUAUAUUAAAAAAAAAGAAAUUAUUGUAGUAUUGAUUUUAAAAGAAAAAUUGGAAUGAAUUAUUAGAAUGUGAAAAGUUGUUUCCUGAAAAAUUAUGUAAUAAUUAUAAACAUCAAAUGAGCAUUAAUGCUGAGAAGUAAUUCAGAAGAACACCACAAACCCCAUCUCCCCUAUUUCAAAUAUAUCUUCCUAAAUGUUUGCCCCACCAGGGCAGGAAAGAAAAUAAAUCUCAAAAAAUUCAAAUAAAAAAACUCUCUGGAAUCCAAUUUAAAUGUAUGUAUGUGACAUAAUCAAUUACAAAGAAAAUGAUGAUAAAAAAAACAAUUAAAAAGAGGCUUGAACAAA